AAUCACAUUUUGGAGCAGUGAGAGCAUUCUGACAUCACAUGCAUGAAGAAACUCACGCAGGGCGACGGUUAGAGAUAUUUGGAACUCACGGGUGAAAAGCCCCGGCCACGUGUCCCCCCCAGCUCGGGUGACUUCAUGUGUUCUGAAUGUGACAAGGUGUUCCCCCUGCAGUGCAUGUUGACGCGCCACCUCAAGUGCCACAGCAUGGUGAAGAGACACCCCUGCCACUGCUGUGGCAAGGGCUUCCACGACACCUUUGACCUAAAGAGGCACAUGCGCACUCACACAGGUAUCCGUCCGUACCGCUGUGAGCUGUGUGACAAGGCCUUCACCCAGCGCUGCUCCCUCGAAUCCCACCUGAGGAAGAUCCAUGGCGUUUUCCAGCAGUAUGCCUACCGCCAGCGUCGCUCCAAGAUCUUCGUGUGCGAGGACUGCGGCUACACAUCCAACGAGCCCGACGAGUACUUCCUCCACAUGUGCCAGUGCCACCCGGGCAGCCAAGCCCUGCGCCGCUACUACCGCCACCAGGCACAUGAGGGCGCCAACAACAUGCUCUCUCAACACAAACCCAGACCAUUUUUUAUUUAUACUACGGCUGGGUAUAAUAUGGGUUGAUUAAUACUCCGGAGUGAAGUUUCACCUAGGUACAGAUAUAGGAUCAGCUUCCCAUUCCCAACCCUUAACCAUUAGUGGGGAAGAUGCAACAUUUAGAUGAGCGUCUACAGGCAACUUUACUUGUUUCUACCUUAGCCAAUUCCUUUGUUACCUUGUCACAAAGUAGAUAAAGUCUAGCACCAAGGCUAAAUGCGUCACAAGCAUUUCGCUACACCCGCAAUGACAUCCACUACACCCGCAAUAUCAUCUGCUAAAUAUGUAUAUGUGUGCCUCCCGGAUUUCGCAGUGGUCUAGGGCACUGGUAGCUGUGCUACCAGAGACUCUGGGUUCGCGCCCAGGCUCUGUCGCAGCUGGCUGCGACCGGGAGGUCCGAGGGGAGACGCACAAUUGACCUAGCAUCGUCCGGGUUAGGGAGGGUUUGGCCGCAUAGGGAUAUCCUCGUCUCAUCACGCACCAGCGACUCCUGUGGCGGGCAGGGAG